CCAACAACACACACAUGUUUCCUUCCCUCUAACUCUUCUUCUUCCUUUCCUUGUACGGUCACUUGACAUGUUCCAAACCAUGUCCGAUCCACCAAAUGAUUUUUUCCAAUUCUACCACCAAAGUUUCCCAAACCAACCCCCUCCUAACUUCACCACUAUUACUACCAACACCACCCCCGCUACAACCUUACCCCCGCCGGAGACCAUAAACCCAACCUCACCAACAUCCGCCACAAACUUAGGCCCAGACGGCCGUGUCUCAAAGCCCAUCCGAAGAAGAUCACGCGCCUCAAGACGAACUCCCACCACCUUACUAAACACAGACACCACCAAUUUCCGUGCCAUGGUGCAACAGUUCACCGGAGGCCCGAUUGCACCGUUUGCAGCAUCAGCAUCUUCAGCAUCUACGAAUUUCUCAACUCUGGCAGGCCUUGGUCUUGGCCCCGGCCCACGGGCUUCUUCCCACCCUAUGAAUCAUCAAACAAUGAUGUCUCAUCAUCCUCUCUACCAACAUCCUCAACAGCUUCAACAAUAUCAACAUCACUACAACAACAACAACAACAACAUGUAUAGUGGCACUGGCAACGUAGGAGGAGAUGAGAGCCUGUUUUUUCAGAGACUUAUAAGCAACCCAAGACCUUCAAACAAUGAUAGUAAUAUUAAUAAUGCUGAUAUUCAUGGAGGAGGAGGAGAAGGAGGUUUUUUCCCAAACACUUCUUCUUGAGAAUCGAUUAUCAGAAUCGAUUAUUCCGGUAGGAAAAGAGAUAGUGGUUUUCUUUUCUUUGGUUUUCGUUGGUCGCAUGGGGUGGCGGAGGCAUGAAAGCGACGUAAAUUAAAGCAGACAAAUUAGGUUGCUAAUUUGGCCUAAAUUGUUGACCAACCAUUUUAUUUUAUUUCUACAAUAUUUAAUAUUUGUUUUUUUUAUUAUUAUUAUUGUAACUAUAGUUACUAUUACUAUUACUAUUUUCAUUUUUAACUUUUGUAAUAAUAACUUUUGGGAUUUUUUU